CAAAAUUUUUAAAACAAAACAACUAAUUGAAAAAUGUUUCGUUCUACAGUGAUUUUAUUCUGCGUUUUUUGUGGAAUUUUAGCACAAAAAGCGUUUGAAAAUAUGUUUGAAACGCUGACGGAAGAUCAAGUGGGAAAAUGUAUCGAAAGUUCGGCAGUGACAACGAAAGAUCUUGAACUAGUUGAUGUAAAUUCGAACACGUUCGAACCGAAAGUAAUGUGUUUCGCCAAAUGUCUGUUCGAAGAGGCGAAAAUAAUCGAUUCAGACGGAAACGUUAAAAUGGAAGUCGUAAAGAGCAGGCAGGUUUCGGAGGUGGACAAUCCGAUGAAUCAGAAAUUUGAAGAGUGCAUUGGACAAGUCAAAGUUAUAAAAGAGUGUUCGGAUUUGCAGCAGGUUCAUGAUUGCAUGAAAUCUUAAAUUUUGAUAGUUUUCGUAUUGUACCAUAUAGUUGUGGUUAUCAGAAUAAAACACAGUUUUAAUGUAA